CAAAGCCGCAAUGCAAUCAAGGUAAGACUUACAUCGAGGCGUAUGAGGUUACAUCUACACACUCUCGCCACAAGCGCUACUGCAAGGGCGUUGCCGUGAACCCUGUACAAGCCAUGCAGGGCUCCCAUUGGAGGGACGUCAUGCCCCCUACGGUGAAUGCUAAGCACGCACGAACGUCCUCCUACCUCCGCUGAAUCUUUCCGACACUUCUAUUCCUCCACACUUUUUUUCUUUUGAGGCACACAGAUAUUUUCAUGUUCAUUACUUGGCUACCUUAGUUCACCGGCUGACAUGGCCUACCACGUGCCUGUGCCUAUUACGCUUGGCACUUCCUUAACGCUACAUUUCCUGGUCUUCAGUGCAACAUGGGUAAAGAUGGUUGGAGCCUCGUCGGUGUGGUAGAGGUUGAUCUGAUCUUUCCGCGCAACGAGACAUAUGCGCCUACCGCCUAUUUGCCCAUUAUUUUCGCCUUCCAAAAUUCUCAUCUGGCGCCUUUCCACGAUCCGCUCAUUCACAUCGACGCUUAUCUAGUCCAGAACGCGAACGGCAGCACUCCUCAAUGGGCUCCGCCCGAGUCAAUCGAUCUGGAACAACUGCGAUGGGCAAACUUUACCAACAACGACACCUACUUUGCAUACCCAACUUACCAACGUAAUGAGUUCACCUUCGCGACUGAAGGAAUCUGGCAGGUCACUUGGACAUUCAACUGGGCAGUGUGUACCGAAGACUCGUUGGCAAACAACAUAUUUAUCCGAAACGAAUCGCAACGCACGACGACGCUCACCAUCAGAAAGGACGCUCAAGAGGUAGAUCUUGUGUCCGGAACAAUGGGCAAGAGCUGCUCUGGACAAGAUGGUGUCGCAGUCAACAUCACGAAUACGCUCCAUAUCCCUAGCUCCGCUCAUUGGGAAGGUCAACCCGACAAAUGGGAAGGUCAAGGCGACAUGUGUGCAUCCACGGCGUCUUCUGUUCCUAAGUCGGAUCCUUGUCGAGUGAGCAUCGACCCUGCCGCCGCUGCAAGCAUCUCAUGUUCAAUCACCUUUGGUAGCUCAGCGGCAGAUUUCAGCACAACAACCUCUUCGCUGACAUGCCCGGAGGAUAAGAAGAGCGCUGCUGGGUGUUUGACCGUUGGGGGCCUUGCAGCGCUGUUUGGGGUAUUUUCCUACCUUCUUCAUUAAUACUAGGAGUUCUGUACAAGGUCAAAUUGAUCCGUCACAUUGAGGCGCA